AGAGACUUUGUCUGGUUCAUUCUGAAUAAUUAAUCUAAUUUAUAUUCCCUCAAUUGUUGUCAAACUCACCAUUAAUACCAGUUAGAAAAUGUCGGAGUUGGAGAAAAGCGGUUGGAGUGAUAAUGGAGAAUCCACACAGCUGCCCAUCACUCAGUACAGAGAGAAACUAAUUACAGCUGUAAAGCAAAACCAGUUUCUGGUUGUAACUGGUGAAACUGGCAGCGGCAAAACCACCCAGUUACCCCAGUAUCUGUAUCAAGCUGGUUUGUGUAAAGGUGGGAAAAUCGGUGUCACACAGCCACGGAGAGUAGCAGCCAUCACUGUAGCUCAGAGAGUUUCUCAAGAGUUGGGAGUCACUUUAGGACAUCAGGUCGGAUACCAAGUACGCUUUGAUGACUGCACUACUCAGGACACUGUGAUUAAGUACAUGACAGAUGGCUGCAUGCUGAGAGAAAUCCUCACAGACACGAGCUUAACACAAUACAGCAUUGUGAUCCUUGAUGAAGUUCAUGAAAGAAGCCUUAACACGGAUAUCUUGCUUGGACUGCUGAAAAAGACGCCAUCUCGGGCCUCCCAUGGUCGCAAGAGUCCUCUGAAAGUGGUGGUGAUGUCUGCUACCCUGGAAACAGACAAGAUUAGUGCCUUUUUUGGACAAUGUCCUGUAUUUGUUAUCCCAGGAAGAACCUACCCUGUGAAAGAGCUAUUCUGCAAUAUGAUUGGGCCAAAGGAAAAAGAAGGUUCUGCAUAUGUUAAGGCGGUUGUAAAGAUGGCUUUAGAUGUUCACACUAAUGAAUCAUCUGGAGAUAUUCUCGUAUUUCUGACAGGUCAGUCUGAGAUUGAGAAAGCCUGUGACAUGCUCUUUGAAAAAGCUGAGUCUAUAGAUUAUCGUUACGAUGUGUACGAUCGAACAGUGGAAGGUCUUCUCAUUCUGCCCUUAUAUGGAUCCAUGCCAACAGAUCAGCAAAAGCAGAUAUUUCAACCUGCUCCUGCAGGAGUGAGGAAAUGUGUUGUGGCAACCAACAUAGCAGCGACUUCCCUCACCAUUAAUGGAGUCAAAUUUAUAGUUGACAGUGGAUUUGUGAAACAGCUAAAUCACAACUCGAACGUUGGCUUGGACAUCCUAGACGUGGUGCCGAUAUCAAAAAGUGAGGCUCAACAACGAGCAGGCAGAGCUGGAAGAACCUCACCAGGGAAGUGCUUCAGGAUCUACAGCAAGGAAUUUUGGGAGAAAUGCAUGCCUGAAUACACCGUUCCAGAGAUACAGCGCACCAGUCUGACUUCUGUUAUCCUCACACUCAAAUGCCUUGGAGUUCAUGAUGUCAUCAGGUUUCCUUACCUGGAUCGUCCAGAGGAAAGAUUUAUCUUGACUGCAUUGAAGCAGCUCUACCAGUUUGAUGCAAUUGACAGGAAAGGUAAUGUGACCAGCCUGGGAAGACUGAUGGUGGAGUUUCCUCUUCCUCCAGGACUUUCUCGUGCUCUGCUGAAAUCUGCUGCUCUCGGCUGUGAGGAGUUAAUGCUCCCUGUGGCAGCCAUGCUGUCAGUGGAAAACAUUUUCAUCCGCCCAGGUCUUCCGGAAAAACAGAAAAAAGCCGAGAACAUUCACAGAGAGCUAAGUGCUUCUGCAGGCAGCUCUAAUGAUUUUCUUAUGCUUCUUUGCAUUUUUCAAAAAUGUAAAACAAGUGACAAUCCAUCCAAUUGGUGUAAAGAUCACUGGAUCCAUUGGCGGGCGCUCAAGUCAGCCUUUAGUGUCGAAACUCAACUGCGAGAGAUCCUUCUCCGUCUCAAACAGCAGAAAGAUUUUCCACAUGAGGCAUUUAAGGGCAACAGUAGUGAACUUCUCCGGCAGUGUCUCUGCCAGGGUUAUUUUCCCAAUGUGGCGAGAAGGUCUUUGGGAAAAUCAUUCUGCACUAUGGAUGGACAUGGCUCUACAGUUAAUAUUCACCCAUCAUCCUCUCUUUUUGGGCAGGAGGCCCAGCUAGACUGGAUCAUUUUCCAUGAUGUCUUGGUCACGUCUCGAGUUUAUGUGAGAACUGUGUGCCCAAUCCGAUAUGAGUGGGUCAAGGACCUCCUCCCAAAACUGCACGAGAUAGAUGUUUAUGAUCUGAGCAGCGUUGCUAGAGAGGAAGUAACCGAUGAGGAGAUGGCACAAUGGGAAAAGAAAAGAGCAGCACAAAGACAAACAGAUACCAGUGAAGAUGCAUCAAGAAAGCUUGAGAAGAGAAAUGAUGAAAGCUCAAUCUCAGAAGCCCGGGCUCGAUAUUUACAACGGAAACAGAACCGACUUCAGACAAAAGAUUUAUGAACAGUGACCACUAUUUUUAUUAAUAGAAUCUAAAUUUUUAAAAUAAUUUCUUUAAUAUUUAAAGUUGUUUUAAUAUUUUAUUUAUAUUUUUUACUCUUACGCUUGGGUGGCGCAGUGGUAAGGUGUGCUAAAGUACUACUGCUGAAAUCUAGGGAUCCCGGGUUUGAAUCUCAGUGGUGCUAUCGGCUGGUUGGGCGUCUGUUAGGACACGUAUGGCUAAUGUCCAAGAGGGGAUGUGGAGGCCAAAACAGAUUAGCUCUUGGGAGGUGCACUUGUCAGUGUGCUCUCAGUACUGGUCCCAAGCCUAGAUAAAAAUAGGAGGUUUGUAUCAGGAAGAAGAUCUGGUGUAAAAUUGUGCCAGUAUGCAGAACAGAUCUGCUGUGGUGUUUUUUAACUCUUAAAAUUUUGGAUACUUUUUUUCUUAAUAAAGCUGUUUGUAAAUAG